AUGUCACAAUCAUCCUACGGCGCGAUCCCAACCGAUGACAACGACACCAACCCCAUCAAUGCCUCCUCGGAAGAAGACAUCUCAACCCGCCACCAGAUUGGCGAGAUCCUCGAGUCCAAGAGAGCCCACAUCCUCAUCCUAACCCUGACCGCCAUCGACGUCGCCCUCGUCAUCCUCCAAAUCGCCGCAUCCCUCCUCCACCUGGACGAUACAGAGGAAGCCCAAUGGUUCCUCGAAAUUCUCGCCCACACCUCCCUCGCCAUCGUCUCCUUUUUCGUCCUCGAAAUCGUCCUCAAGGUCUACUCUUUCGGACUCGGUUUCUUCUGGACAGGGAAUCCACAUGGAAUUUUGCACUUGUUGGAUGCGUUGAUCAUUAUCAUCUCGUUCUUGCUGGAGGUGUUCUUGAAGGGUGCCGAGCAGGAGUUGGGAGCGCUGUUGAUUAUCUUCCGGUUGUGGAGAGUUGUAAAGUUGACAGGGACGGUUGCAAUUGAGACGGUCGAGCAUAAUCAGGCGACGGUUGCGGCGCUGGAGCAGAGGAUUAAGUUGCUGGAGAACGAGUUAAAGGAGUCCCAGAGUGAAGUCCAGCGUCUUCGUGCCAACACCGCCGACCAAGUCUAG